AUGUUCCAGGCGGUACAUGGAAUGGACGUUGUGAAUCCAACUAUCACACCGACAACAACCACUACGACCACAACUACGACCACCACCACGUUUACGAUCCCACUUGAGUUCCAAGAGGGUUCAGCUGAGGAGAGUGGGGACGGAUCUGGAGACGGAUCUGGAGAAGGAUCGGGAUCAGGUGACUUUGAAUUCUCGGGAGAAGGAUCUGGAGAGAUCGAGGUCGAUUUUGAGCCAGAACCAACAGAAAUUGUUCACGUUUGCGAGGAGGAAUGUCCACGCUUUUCACAUUGCUUCUUUGGCAAAUGCAUCUGCAAUGAGGGAUAUGGUGCCCGAGAGUCGCCAGUUGAUGGCUCAAGAAUUUGUCAAGUAAAUAACGUGGAACUGGAAAAACCGAUGGCGAUGGAAGUCACAAGUAUUGAUAAGCUUAUCUCUGGGCAGUUUGCGCGUUCCACGAUCGCCAGGGAGGAAUUCUUCAGCAAAUAUUCCGAAGGUAGAAUCCAGGGUGGCUCAGUUGUUGAUGAUCAGGAGAAAUGGCCUUUCAUGGUCACAAUCAAUCGUGUCAUGUGCGGUGGUGUUCUCAUCGGUCAAGGCUUUGUUCUAACAGCUGCGCAGUGUUGCAAGGCUGGAAAUCUUCAAAUGGUGCAUUUCGGGAAACAUAUCAAGAGCAAUACCUUCCUCUCGGGUAUCUACGAAGAUGGAACGAGAAUCCAUCCCGAUUUCGACGAAAACUCGCUGAAUAAUGACAUCUGUUUGGUGCACUUUUCUGCAAGUGUGGAAUACGGACCUAAAGUGAUGCCCAUCGACAUUUCAAUUGAAGAAGUCGACGCUGGCCGAAACGUUUACAUGGCCGGCUACGGAUCUGACAAUGAACACGAAAACACCCGCGAAGAUCAGUUGAAAGAAGUGACAGUUCCAGUCCGCGAUGGAGAAAAAUGCCGCGAAGUCUAUCUAAAAGAGAAUCUUCUAUUUGACCCUGAAACAUCUCUUUGUACUGGCUCUUUCGAAGAAAAGGAGGGAUCCUGCCGAGGUGAUCUUGGCGGUCCAGUUAUUGAUGUCUUCCCGAACAAUGAUGGAACAGUAUCGAAGAAACUUGUUGGUACUCAAUCGUUUGGAAUCGGCUGUGGAAGUAAGAAGUUUGGAACUGUUAAUGUCAAGAUGAACCAAGAGAAAUUCGACUGGAUUCUUGAAACUGCGAAGGAACUGCACUGCAAUGUGUUCAAGGACGAUAUUCUCUGCAAGGUCGAUCUUGAAACGGAAAGUGAUUGCCAGCAAGGCUAUGUUGAGAAGGAUGGCGAAUGCGUCGACAUUGACGAAUGCACACUUUCGGACAAAGCAUGCGGCCAAGAAGGUUCUUGCGUGAACAUUGAGGGUGGUUACAUUUGCGAGUGCUUUGAUGGCUUUGAAAAGUCGCCAACUGGCAUUUGCGCUGACAUUGACGAAUGCGCUGAUGGUUCCCACACGUGUGUCGAUACCCAAAGCUGCAAGAAUUAUCACGGUUCUUUCAAGUGCCUCUGCGAGAUAGGCUUUAAGCUGGAUAAUGGGACUUGCAUUGAAACUGAACAUACGACCAAACGUAAAGAAACUACCUCCGCACUUGCCGGCUCCGAAGUCGUCUGUGAAAGUCCAUUUGACGCUUUGUUCGACGCGAAGUUUUUCGAAGUCACGGGUCAAGUUUACAAUUCGAAGAAACACGACGAUUUUAGGUCUUUCGACUUUGAUGAGUUUGACAAUGCUGGAAAAAUCAUUAAUGGCGUCCGCGUUCAAAAGAGAGAAGAUUGGCCGUGGAUCGUGAAGCUUCGAGGCUGCGGUGGAUCUAUUGUUGGUCGACGCUGGAUCGCUACAGCUUCUCAUUGCUGCCCUAAUGGAAUGCAAAUGGGAGUAACCGCUCAUCUCGGAAGCGAUUUCAAUAGCCAAGAGCUUGGAAGAGUUAUUGCGUAUCGCCAACACUUCAAAUACUCCAGUCAAUUCGAUUAUGACUUCUGUUUGUUGAUGCUUGACAAGGAUAUAAUUUACAGCGACAAAGCAAAGCCCAUUUGUAUGGUAGAACACGAAGAGCCACUUCCAGAGUUCGGCCACAAUUUGAUGGUCGCUGGCUGGGGAACCACAGAGUCAGGAGGACAGUCUUCAUUCCUUAGAGAAGCUACUGUCCCUCUCGCCACUUAUGAGACCUGUAAUGCACAGACUGGAUACAACGGAUUCGCCAAGCCAGAGAGCAUGAUUUGCGCUGGUUUCCAACAAGGUGGAAUUGAUGCGUGUCAGGGAGAUUCGGGCGGGCCGAUCGUAUUCUUAGAAAACACGGAGACUGGCGUGCCAACACCGAAAUUGAUUGGCGUAGUCAGUUGGGGAUUUGGCUGCGCGAAGCCGAACUUUUUCGGCGUUUAUGGACGAAUGUCAAGGGCUCAUCGAUGGUAUCUUGACGCUGCUGAAGAGAUGAUGGUAGAAAAGAUCAACAUCUUCACCACAACGACAACUACGACCACAACAACAACCACAACGACCACUACGACUUCUACCACAACGUCCCCAGGUCCGACAACAACAACUACACCUGGUCCAACAACCACAACGACUACUACGACUACGACUACAACAACUACUACAACCACGACAACUACAACUACAACAACAACAUCGACGGCUGCAAACUUCUUGCUGGAAGCUUCCGGAUCUUGCUCAAGCUCAAUCGACAAGCUUUACGGAGAAAUGGAAGCGAAUUUCACUGGAAUGCCUGGAAUCAACAGAAUUGUUGGUGGGUACCAAAUUGAAGGAAAUACCUGGCCGUUCUAUGUUUUCAUUGAUGGAGAGAGUAACAGCUGCGGAGGAACCAUUAUCGGUCACAGAUUUAUUCUUACUGCUGCGCAUUGCUGCAAACAAUACAGUAGAAAAGAGAAGACCAUUAUUCGAGAUCCAAUUACUUUGGAAGAAAUUUCAGGCAUUAUUGACUUCAGAAUCCACGAAGGAUUUGACGACUUUUUCAACCACGAUUUCUGUGUUAUUCUAGCUGACGCUGAUCUCACCGGCGCGAAUCAGCCUACUCGAAGCCACGUUUGUCUUUAUGACGAUAAAGAGUUCUUGCCAGCAAUGGGAACAGAAUUAUUCGUUGCGGGUCGCGGCCAAACUUUUGAAGCUGAUGAAAAGGGAUUCCGAGAAGCAAGAGUGGAACUAACCACAUUCACAUUCUGCAACAGCCAGGACGUUUACAGAGGCGCUGUAAAUCCGAGAACAAUGUUCUGCGCCGCAGUUGAAGAAGGAGGUAUUGAUUCCUGCCAGGGCGACUCUGGUGGCCCAGCUAUCCACGUGGAAAAUGUCAAUGGAAUUCCAACAGCUCGUCAAAUUGGAAUCAUCUCGUGGGGCAAAGGUUGUGCCGAAAAAGGAUGGCCCGGUGUUUACGCCCGAGUUUCAUCUGCAAAUGAGUGGAUUCAUGAUUCCGUUUCUUUCCUCGACGAAGAAGGCAUGCGAAUAAUGGGCGGGUCUGAAACCACUUCAGAAACAGCUUGGCCCUUCAUCGGCUCGCUGAAUGCUGAGUGCGGAGCAGUUCUAAUUGGAAAGCACUUCGCGCUUACUGCGGCUCACUGCUGUGUUGAUGGUGAUUUGAAAAAUCGCGAAUCGACAGUUGUCUUUGGCACAUCAAGUUUAGUCGAUGGUUCUGGCCACCGAGCUGUUAUCGAUUCUUUCCGAUUCCAUGAGGAUUUCAACUCGGAGUCUAUGCACAACGACAUUUGCGUCCUCCACUUCGCCGAAGAAGUCCCCUACGGUGAAAAGAUCCAGCCAGCAUGUUUCGCUUCCUCCGGUAUGCAUAUUUUCCAGAAUGGAUACAUUGCUGGGUGGGGAAAGACUUCCGAAAGCGGAUUCCAGUCGACAGAGUUAUUGGAGGCCGUCGUGCCCAUUGUGGGGACACUCGAGUGCAACACUACUUACAAGGGUUUGAUCAACGAGAACCAGUACUGUGCUGGAUACAGAACAGGAGGAGUAGACGCUUGCAAGGGCGACUCUGGAGGACCAUUGAUUCAAUUAGACUUCAACAAUCGACCUCGACUAGCUGGAAUCGUUUCGUGGGGUGAUGGCUGUGGAAAAGCAGGCAAACCGUCCGUCUACACAAAAGUUCAGCCGUACCGUUCCUGGAUUAUCGAAAGCGCGGAAAUUCUAAGCGGCAAGCGAACGUGCGCCGACCCACGUGAUCAUAUUCCAUCCGAUCCUGAAGUACAAUAUCACUGCGAUGCACUCACAAAUAUUUGCACCGUCACGUGUUCUAACGGCGCCACACCAAAUAUUCCUCAAGUUGAAUGCGAGAGCACCGUUUUAGCGCGAAGAGGCAGUGGGGAGGAAAAAUGGAAAGUUCCUGGAUUCAGGAAGCCUUUCUCAAGCGGGGGUCUUGUUCGAGGAGGAAGAGGAAUCAUGAGUCCUGGUGCUGUUUCAAGAGCGACGAAAAAGGCGCAGAAGAAAGCGAAAAAGGCUUUCAAAUCGAGUGAAAGGCAGAACAAGAAGAAGAAGAAGAACCGUGGUCCAACAAGGCCGCCAAUGACGACUACAACUACCACCACAACAGCUCACUCGCCAUCUUUCUUCGGCAGUAGCAACUCAAAGACUGUAGAAAGCGUGGUGAAAUGCGCCGUAAAGGUAGAACAACUGACGUGCGGCAACCCAAGAGACUUCUACACAGCGCCAAAUCUUGACUUCGAGUGCGACGAUAAGAAAUUGGAAACUUCCUGCUUCGUAGAUUGCGUAAACGGAGACAACCCAACGAGUACUCAAGCAAAGUGCUUCAUUUCGGGCGGACAGGUUCGCUGGUCCCCGUCUACGCUCUCUUGUCGAAAGCCUGCUGCUACUUCUGCCCCUCAAUCAGCAAUGACAGCUUGCGGAGAUCCGAGAAACAACAGUGCAUUCUCCUUCUCUGGCCCUGUGCAAUUCGACUGCACGCCAAAACAAUGCGGAUUCGGCUGCCCAAGCGGCUGUACCGCUGAAUUCCAAGGAAGAAAAUUCAAAAAGGUCAAAUGCAAGGCCAAAAAGGGUCGAACAAAGUGGAACCCAAAAAGCGGCUCGUUCAACUGCAUCUGCUAA